AUGAAGCAUGACAUGUCAGAAGUGUCAAAGGAGGCAUUUGAACAAUCAUUUGAUGUUAUGAAAGAAAAACUGAGGCAAAGAAAUGAUGCAGAUAAACACCCAUUAGCUAUUUAUCAACCUGUGGCUUUUUCAGAAGAAAUGCUUCAACAAUAUGAGUGGUCCCCAACAGCAAGAAUUCACCUCCGAGCUUACAAGCUGGUGAAAGAGGGCCUUGAUAUUCUUUACAGUAGUAACUUCACUGAUGAGAGAGGAAUUACUCUUAUGGCCUAUGGAUUCUUGACUGAAAACUCUAUAAUUCAAGCAUUUCCUAUUUCGUCACCCAAUAUUCUCCAGCUUUGUGAGGAAAUUUUAAUAAAGAAUCCUUGCUUUUUGGAGGGACUCCUUUUGUCCUAUGCUUUGCGGGAUUUCAAAGGGGGGAAACGUUCAGAAGAAAAUUCAAAAACUGACAACCAAGUAAUAUUUUGUAUAAUGAACUUGAUCAGUUUUGUCCAUAAGGCAGAACCCAACAGCUCUCCAUGUGAAGACCCAUUUGAGUUUGAUAAGAACUACAGCAGCUGGCUUCAUGUCUUGUAUUAUCAUUUAGCAUCCAUUUGCACAAUUUCAGGAGCUACUGAACUUGCUGCAGAGGCUUCUCAGAACUCUGUCAAGUGCUGCCCAUCAUACUAUGAGGCUAAAGGAGUUCUGGGUUAUACAAUGAUGUUGCUGUAUGCUUCCAAAAAGUUCGCUGACAGAGAAGAUUCAAGCCAUCAAUUACUCAGAGAGUUGCUCAGACUUGACAAUCAACAACCACAUAAGAGAGAAAUUUCCAAAUAUGAUUCCUGGACCGCUGAAAAAUUAAGAGACACAGCAGUGAAGGUUGUAAAGGAGUAUCUUGUAGAGGCCCCACACUGCUGCAAGACAUACCCAAAUGUUUGUUACUACCUGGCAAAAAUUUAUCUGCUACAAAGAAACAUGGAUGAAUUCAGGAAGUAUUUUGAACUGGGACAAGAUGCUGAAGAAAAAAGACUUCCUUUCUUCAAAAAUGUUGACCUGCCAUUAAAGGAUAAGAUGGCACCUUUCUACCAACUUCUUGCUAAUGUGAAAUUAAAAGCAAUAUGUGGAAACAGGGUAUGCUACAAAAAAGUCAAAGAGAGUGACUUAAAAUCUUGUGGUCAAUGUGGUAUGCAAAAAUACUGCAGCAAGUAUGUACCUUCACUUGAAUUGUUUAUUCUUUUAACUUCAGUUGGCUUUUUAUUUUAAUUUGCUGUUUUUAGAUCUUAAGGCAGCUGUUUUUAGGUCUUGAGGCAGGUGCGAAAUUUCUUAAUUCUCAGGUAAAGAUUAUUAUCCUGUGUUCUGUACCACAGAGCAACUUGAAGUAUGUUAAGAUCAUUUCCACAUUGUCACAGCUGUCAAAUAAGUGAGCCAAAACAUUAAAAUGGUGACUAUGUUGGUGAACCAUAUCAAUCCUACAGGACUGAAAAGCCUUUCCAACAUAAACACUUUCCUCUGUUUUAAAAAAUUUACAUAGCUGCUUACCACAAGAAUGCAAAGGCUUUAUAACUACUUCCCCUGGAUGGGGGAUUUCAGGCCAGAUUUUUGUCAGGCUUUCUUGACAGUUCUCUAGUACCCAAUUAAAAUCUUGGGUGGAGAGAGGUGCAGUGACAGGUCAGUGAAGGUAGGUAAGGGUCAUACCUAAAUACAGAACACAAUGACCUGGCUAGGACUUGAUCUCAGAUCUCUUGAUGCAGAGUUCAGUGUGCCAACCAUAAUGCCACCACAUCUCCUACCAGUGUUAAGCUGACAUUAAAAGAUGACACCCUUUAAGUUGCUGCCAUGGAAUUAAUUUAUUUUUCAUCCUUUUUUUUUCUUCUAUAUUUUUUUUGUGGGGAGGGGGCUUUUACUGUUGUUGUUGUUGUUAUUUGUUCUAUAGUCCAGAAUUUCUUAUCAAUCAGGGACUAUUUGUUCAAAGAGAAUAUUUUAGUCAAUUCUAAGAUGAAUCAGCUGGCACCUGUCACUCUAAAACUCAGAAAAAUGUUCACACUCAAAAUGUUAUAACGGUGUUGUUUUUCUAGGAAAAGGUAAAUAAGCAUGAGGAAACAAAGCCACAAACUGAAAUGCUCAUUAAUUUGUCAUUUUGAAAUCUGCCUGUUUGUCUUGAUUAUUAUUGUAAUUGGUCAAAAGCAAUUCUAAGUGUUUGUGAUUUUUUUGAAUCAAGGUAAAUGAACAACCUAAGUGCAAGUUGUAAUCACAAAAAUUCAAGAAUAAGACUUCUGACUUUUGACUGCAUACGUCCUAAAACACACAAUUAAAGUUAAUCUUUUUUUAUUGAUUUAAUUUGAUUUAUAUCUUCAUGUCCCAAUAUAUUUUAGUUCUCUAGAUUGGCUGGGCACAGUUUGAGGCAUUAUGUUUUGACAUGGAUACUAAUUCUUCUUUCACAUUUUUACCAGGGAGUGUCAAAAAGCAGAUUGGAAAAAUCAUAAACCUUAUUGCACCACUACCAAGAAAUCUGGACGUCCCUAG